AUGGUAGAAAAUCAGCUAACCUGCAACUCAGCAGGGAAAAUGAAAGAAAUUAUAAAGUUACAGGAACAACUUAGGGAUGAAAUUUUGGAGUGUGUACAGAACCGAAAAAGCAAAAUGGCUCAACUACAGAGUGAAACUGAGGAGCUUGGAAACCAAAUGAUACAGGAAGUAACUAUGAAGGUUUUGCAUCGAAUUGAACUAAUAAUGAACACUUUGGAAAGUAUAUUGUGUAGAUGUGAGAAGGUUGAAGCUAAAUUUAUUAGUUACAAGAGAAAUACAAAUUCAAAAAAUCAACAACUUUCAGAGCUUACAGACAAGUUCGAAUCUAUCAAACAUGAACUCAAAAGUUAUUUUAUUAUAAUAAAAAGAAUCACAGGGAUUUUCUCAGAAACUAAUCAUUUCAAUAAUCAGAUGAUUAAAACAAUCAACGAUAAAAUUUCCAGAUUAUCGUGCAAUAAUUCGCACAUCCAAACCCGAGAACAAAUUCAGAAAUUCCACGAAAAUUUUGAAAAUAACUCAAAACUUAAUGUUUUUAACCCUAAUAAUCAAUUCAGCAAUUUUGUUCUACAAGAGUUCAAAAGUAUUCAAAAUGCUAUCAAUUCCACAUCAAAACUCAGACAAGAAGCUGAUGACAGCAUAGCCAAUGCAAUGAAAGAAUUUACAGAUACUCUCCAAAAUGGACUCAAAAUCGCAGUUAGUCACUCCAAAUACUAA